AUGGCCAGGCGGGCAGCAGUGCUGCUGCUGCUGGCGGCGGCAGCGGUGGCGCACGGCGCAGCGGCGCCCGGCUGCCGCACUUACACAAGCAAGGGUCUCAUCCAGCCUGCCAUCGGCUCCCUCCAGGACGUCGUUGUGGAUGCCUUUGUGGCGCAGGAUGCCUCGGCCACACUAGACGUCAGCCACCGGCGGAUCACCCUGACGGCGGCGCCCUUCUCCAACGCCGCGGGCGCGCUGGCGGCCCACCCCACCAUCAUCCUUAAGUCGCAGGGACUGGGCAGGAAGGGGCACAACCUGUACCGCACCACCUUUGCGGAUGCCGCCCAGCUCUCGUUCCCGCUCGAGGCGAGCUUCGCCCCCUUCACCGGCACCUUCCGCCCCGUCCAGAAGCUGGCCUUCCUGGUGGAUGGCGAGCUGCCAGUGGCCGGCUCCGGCGGCAGCCAGGGCCUGUGGACGCUGACCGUCGCUGACGUGGCACCCAACAACACGCUGCGUGACAUCGCGCUCAACGGCUGGACCCUGCAGCUGUGCGAUGCGGUGCAGGAGUCGCCCGCCCCGACACCUUCUCCCAGCCCCUCCCCGGCCCCUGCCGUCGUGCCAACCCCCACCGCCUCGCCACCCGCUCCCGCCGUUGUCUCCUACUCUGGGCCCACCGAUUCUGGCAGCUCUGCUGGCCCCACCACCGGCACCGGCACCGGCACCACCGGCACUGGCGCCGCCGGCCCCAGCAACAUCCUGGGGUGGCAGGUGGUGUACCGCGGCGUGCCACCCGCCCCGCUGCAACCCGGUUCCGGCGCCCCCGCACCCGUCCCCUCCCCCGCCUGGCCCCCGGCAGUUGGUACCGACGGUACCGGCGCGCUGGACCAGCUGCUGGCGCAGCGCCCGCUGCUGACCCUCCUGCAGAACCAGAUCGCUGCCCUGGCUUCCGGCAUCGGCGGCACCUGCGACCCCACCUGCCAGCAGGCCAAGCAGAGCAUCCGCCUGGGCGAGCUGCAGACGUGGCUGGAGGCCCACGCCGAUGACACGCACCGCCUCGGCGCCUGGCUGCACGACCACCUGCGCCUGCCCACCAUCAUGGUCGACGGCCAGCCCCUGCAGCUGCCCGCCAUCGGCGACGGCGCGCUGCUGCAGCACCUGCUGUCCUCCGGCGGCGACAAGGUGCAGGGCCUGCUGUCCGCCUUUGGCGCCGCAGGCGAGCGCAUCGCCCAGCUGGCCUCGCACUUUGGCGGCGCGGUGGCCGACCGCGCGCAGGCGGCGCACGAGGCGUACAGCGAGCACGGCGAGCGCCUGGCCUCGCUGCUGGCCUCGGGCGCAGACCGGCUGAUGGGGGCGCUGGCGGCGGGCGCGGACCGCAGGCAGGAGCUGGUGGGCGGGCUGGCGGCCAAGGCCGACCAGCGGGGCGAGGCCUUCCAGCAGUUCAUGAGCGGGCUGGAUGGCCUGAACCUGGGCCAGCUGUCGGAUCUGAGCCAGCAGGGCGUGCAGGACAUGGCCGCACACUUUGCGGAGCUCUUCGACUUCUCCAACCUCUGA